ACGCAUGCCUUGUUUUUUUCUGGCCUUCCAGUAACAGGUUUCCCCGUGUAAACCUGCAUAUUCCAGGCGUAGCUGCUCCUGGCAUCACAUGCUGCCCAGAUCUUGAUCCCAUUCUUGCCUGGUUUGCUUGGGAUGUACUGUUUGAAUGGACUGCGAUCUGAAAGGGACCAGGCGCUCGUCCACUGUCACCUCAGGGCCUGGGUUGUACAUUAGUGGUAGGCGCUCCACCCACCUGUCCCAAACGUUCCUGAUGGCAGCCAGUUUGUCGUCUCGCCAGCGGAAAGGUCGUGUAGCUCUGUCAUCAAAUCUGAUAACUCUUGAGAGGAUAUGAAAAUGCUGCAUGGACAUAGUUGACCGGAAUAUAGGCCUCCCUGACUCUGCAUCCCACAGACUUUUUGUAGCCUCAUGUUGGACCGAUGUACUCCUGCUAGAAUCAACAGACCCAUGUAGGCUGUGGGGUCUACCUGGUCCAAUGCCUUCCAUGUAUCCGCAAACACAUGCCCCCCUUCCAGGUUUGUCAUCGCAAGUAUAAUUUCCACAAUGGACUCUGGUAAAAUGAGUUGGAAGCUGGGCUUGAUGUCAUCUACACGAGAUGUUGCAUACCGUGUUGGCCCUGGAGUCAUCCUAAUGAUACUUUCCCCUCUGGCUCUGCCUCCUCUGUCCUGGGGGAUGAAUACCAGAGCAAGUUGCCAUCCUUGGACUGGAAUUCCACCUCAGGUGUGUCUUCCCCAGGGGCCUCUUCGCCAGGUGCCUCUUCCCCAGGGGCCUCUUCGCCAGGUGCCUCUUCCCCAGUGGCCUCUUCCUCAGGGGCCUCUUCCUCAGGGGCCUCUUCCUCGCCAUCUGUUGAAUGUUCGGUCUCAUGAUGGUCUGGAUCAAAAUCAGGAUCGUUGUCUUAUAUUUCGGAGACUUCCUCCUCUAUUUCUGGUCCAACUUCAAUCCCCUCUUCAUCAGUUUGAAAAAAAAGGUCAAGAGCCUCUCUGACAGAAAAUCGUCUGAUCGGGCGCUGACUCAUUGUGUUCAUGGUAAAAUAAGACCGAUGCACAAGCAAGCUAUAUAUAGGGGAUCUGUGAGAAGAUAUCACAUAUUUUGUAUUGAAAGUGUGGUUCACGUGGGGGGAUAGGUACAUAAGCACGGGAAAGAGAGGACACAUAAUUGUUCAGUCUGAAAGGGGUUGAAGUGGGGUGGAGUGUGUGUGUGUGUGUGUGUGUGUGUGUGUGUGUGUGUGUGUGUGCUGGUAUUUAUCACGUCGCGGGGACAUCAAUCUGUAAACACAGUCACGUCAUGGGGACCUCUUGCAGUGUGGGGACAAAAAAGCAGGUCCCCAUAAGGAUAACCCAUUACAAUGAAUACAGGAUUUUUUUCUAAAGGUGCCUGUGUGGUUUUUAGCCAUGGCCCAUAACACACGUUUACCGGUAGUUGUGUGAGUGUUUGGGAGGGGGCCAAGUUGCGCCCCUAAAGGUUCGCGGCUGCAAGUGCACUCACUGCGCCAAACACGGAUUCCAAAUAUGGUUGGGUACCGCCCACUUCCAGGUAGGUUCCCGCCGCUAGCAGGAACUGUGCCUGACUGUUCGCUGGUCUGGGAAAUUGCUUGGAGCUCAUUAAGGAUUGAUACGGCGAUUUAAGGAGAUAAUGACAGAAGAGCUUUUUCUAAGGAGCCAAGGGGAAACACACGGUAGGUACUUUGGCAUGACAAACCAGUAUUACCAGUAUUCAUCCCUCAAAUGAACUCUAAUUAGUUAGCCGGACAGCUAGUUAAAUAGCAUCCAGCUGCAGGCCUGGAGCCGGAGCCGGGGCCUGUGGUGGGGAAACGGGACCUGUUGUGUGGGACUGGGAGGUCGUUUCUCUGGCGGUUUUUGCGUCACAGUCGGCCCCUUGGUUGCCCCAGUCGAGUUUUUCAACAUUCAUUUUUGGUGUUUUAUGCCAAAAAUGGAUAAACUCUUAAUUCCUCGAGCUGCACCACGUGCCCCGGCCCGGAUACCUCCGGGUCUACAGCUGGAUGCGACUCCGCUAGUUGGCUGGAUUACAAACGUUACCUAUCAGAACUAUUUCACUGUUUUUUCCAACCAGCGAGGGACAUUCACAUUGUCAUGCAAUGCAUUGUGAAGGAGUUACACAUAAUACAAACUAAAAACGUUUGCAUGUUUAACAGUGUUAAAAGAGUUAUCUCUUUGCGUAUCUCAUUAUGCAGUUUAAAGACUGCGUUGGGUUCUCGGGCGUCCCUGGUACUUCCACUUCCACAUAAACCCUGAAGCGAGAUUGAACUGUACAUGGAGGAGAAAGUGAUUGUUGCAUUAUGCUGAUAUACCACGAAUCAUGUACUGCAUUUCUUUUCAUGUUUAGGUGGAGAGGGAAAACAUGGUGUAUUGAUGCCGCCAGAGAUGACGGUUCACUUGGGCGUCUCGUUAACGACGAACACAGGCGUCCAAACUGUAAAAUGAAAAAUAUUGAUGUCAAUAGAAGCCCACAUCUUUGUUUGUUUGCCCUUAUGGACAUAAAACAAGGAGAAGAAAUUUCAUACGAUUAUGGAGGUGAAGACUGCCCAUGGAGAACAGAAACGACCACAGUUGGACCAAAUGCACUGCUGGUAGAAGAUUUGCAUACUGUUGUCCUGGCAAAUACCGAAGUGGGUGAUGCUACUCAUCCAAACAUCGCUCAACAGAUGAUCACAGUUGGAGAAGAUGCCCUGCUAGAUGGGGGCUCGAAGCCUGUCCUUUCAAACACCGAAGGGGAUGAUGAUGCUACUCGUCCGAUAAUCACUAAACAGAUCCCAAAUGAAAAUGAGAUUUUCGUCCCAAGACUGAGACAAACUAAAAGCAUCAUAAUGAAAGACACCGUUCUUGACGAUUCUGUUCAACUAUAUGAUUCCACAUCAAGAGAGUUCAGAUGAGUACAUUCCAGAUUCCAGCUGCGACAGUGAAGAUAGUGAUGUUACCCUCAAACGAAACAAAAGAAAAAAAUAUCAAUCUCUUGAUGACUUGCUGAAUGACUCUGACUCAAUGAGUACUCCUGUCUGUGAAACCGCAACGUCGGACAGCAUGACCUUUGACAGCCAAAGCCUUACUUCUGAAGCCACUGGAGCAGAAGAUGAACCCUGUUCAAGUCUUAACAAAAAUGACAGUAUAGUUGUUGGUGAAUGCCAAAAGAGAAGUGGAAGCAGAGUGUACGACAAGAGACAUUACUGUUUGUAUUGCUCUAAGUCUUAUGCUAAGAUGGCAAGGCAUCUAGAAAGUGCACAUGGAAAGGAAUCCGAUGUGGCUAAAUCUUUUAGCUUUCCAAAGGGUUCAAAGGAGAGAAAAAUGCAGCUAGAUUAUAUUCGCAACAGGGGAAACUAUGCUCACAAUGCUGCAGUUAUGGAGUCAGGAAAGGGGGAACUAGUGCCAUUUAAACGACCACCUGAAAAAGCGCAGGGAAAUGACUUCAUGCACUGUGCAUACUGCCAAGGACUUUUUUCAAGAAAAGUCUUGUGGCGGCACAUGAAGAAUUGCAGAUUUAAACCUGGAUCAGUCACCUCUAAACCAGGAAAAAAACGUGUUCAGUCCAUCUGUACAUACACGGGGCCUGUGCCUUCACUUGUCACUGAAAAACUAUGGGGAGUAAUCAGUGCCAUGAAUCCUGGCCCAAUCACAGAUCAAAUAAAAAACGACCAAGUCAUUAUUGAUGUGGGGCAACACUUGUUAAACAAAGGAGGGACAUCAGAUAAGAAUCAACAGUGUGUUCGGGAGAAGAUGCGAGAAAUGGGAAGGCUGAUCUACAAUGCCAGGAAAGUCACCAACCUAAAAAAAAUGGAAGAUCUGAUAAAUCCUAAAAAUUACAUGGAGACGAUCAAAGCUGUCAAGAAGACAUGUGGUUAUGACAGUGAAACAAACAUGUUUUUGAUUCCAUCACUAGCAACCAAACUUGGGAAUGCUCUUGUUAAAGUAAGCAAACUCUUAAAGGCUCAGGGUUUAAUCUCAAACGACAAAGAGCUUGCAAAAAAUGCUAGCGAGUUUCUAGAUGUCCAUGGUGAAAAGUGGAAUGAGCUGAUAUCAGCAACAGCAUUGAGGAACAUCCGGGAAGCUAAGUGGAAUGUGCCCACUCUCAUGCCCUUUACUGAGGACGUCCAGAAAAUGCACACGUACCUCAGUCGAGUCCAAGAGGGUUGUUUCAGUUCACUGUCUGAACAUCCUUGUACAAAAGCCUGGAUGGAGCUGGCAAAGGUGUGUCUGACCCAGAUCAUUUUAUUCAACCGUCGCAGGGAGGGAGAGGUGGCAAGCAUGCCCUUAACUGCGUUUACAUCACGAGACACCUCUGACCCGCAUGAUGAUGUAGACUGGGCACUGUCUGAAGUGGAGAAGAAACUGUGCAGACACUUUUCACGGAUUAUAAUCAGGGAAAAACGUGGUCGCCCUGUUCCUAUUCUCCUGACACCCAAAAUGCUCACUUCACUAGAACUGCUUGUUGGGCAGAGGGAGGCUUGUGGCGUUCUAAAAGAAAAUUGUUACCUCUUUGCAAGACCAGAAUGUAUGACACAUUUUCGGGGUUCAGACUGCAUCCGUGGCUUUGCCAAAAUCUGCGGUGCUAAGUGUCCAAAGUCAUUGACGUCGACAAGACUCAGAAAGCAUGCCGCAACUCUUUCAACUGUGCUGAACAUGACAAACACAGAAAUGGACCAGUUGGCCAACUUUCUGGGGCAUGAUAUAAGAAUACACCGCGAAUACUACAGACUACCUGAGAAGACCCUGCAACUCGCUAAGAUUAGCAAACUCUUAAUGGCACUUGAGCAAGGAAGAUUAGCAGAAUUUCAUCGCAAGAACUUGGAUGAAAUUGGGAUAGGUCCAGAUGAAAAGGUUUUUGAAAGUGAAGAUGAAAGCCCACAGGAGGCACACUGUUCAUCUACUGCUGAUGCAGAAGAGACUCUUCCUCACAUCGAGAGCCCUGAAAUUCCACCAACCAAGAAGCGAAGACAACGGCCGUUGGUUGAAAUGCCGGAAGAAGUCGGCGCUAUGAGGCCUUCCUCACAAGGUGAACUCUUUACACAUGUCUUUUGUACGUCAGUAAAGAUUGUCUGUUCCUCUUUGGAAAUGGAUUUUAUUCAGUUUACCAAUUUAAAGUUGUAUCAGUUAUAACAGCCCUAUCAGAAUAUACAAAGGUUGGGGGAUGAAUUGUCAUUAGUUUAUUUUCAAUGCAUAUGCCUAUAAUGGGGGGAUUUAUGCAAUAUCUGUUUGGAAAUUGAAAGCUAAGAUGAUGCAUAUUAGCUUUCAAUUGGCUCACGUGGCAUACUUAAUCAAACAUGCAUCCUUAAAGAAACGUAAC